AUGAAGGCACUAGUAGCUUUAAUAUUGCUUGUUCAGCUUCCAGUUCACAAAGCUGUUCCAGCAGCAGCCCCGGCUCCCUUGGGCUGUGAUGACCCAGAAUCUGAAGCAGCAGCUGAAGUAGCUGUGAGUUAUAUUAAUGCCCACAGUCAUCACGGAUACAAGUUUGCCUUAAACAGCAUCAAGAACAUCCGCGUGCUACCGCAGGGGCUGAAUAAUUACAUAGUAUUUCUUGAACUUGACUUAUUAGAGACUAGGUGCCACAUUCUCAGCCCUACGCCUCUUGCAAAUUGCACAGUAAGGAGCUUCACAGACCAUGCAGUUGAGGGUGACUGUGAUGUCAAACUGCAGAAGGUGGAUGGAAAGUUUUCCGUACUUGCUAGUAAAUGCCACUCACAUCCAGACUCACACGAAGAUGUUCUCCAAGUCUGCCCUGACUGUCCGCUCCUGGCAAGUUUGAAUAACACCGAGGUAUCAACACUUGUCACAUCCGCACUCAAUGACCACAACAGCAAAACUCCUAACGCUUACCUCAGGCUAAGAGCCAAAAUACAGUAUUACCCGGUGCAUAUUGUCUUUGCUGAGUUUGCUGUGGCUGCCACAAACUGCUCAGCACAAGAAGCUAAAGCUAAUGCGGAGGCCUGUCACCUGCUACCUGACGAUGAGGCUAAUUUCGGUUUCUGCACAGCAACAAUGGUAAAAGAGCCCUCACAGGACUUGGAAGUGGACUGCCAGCUCUACGGACAUCAGCCUGGAGUUACCUACUCUCAACCAGGUCAAGAUACAUCAGCAGGACUGGCGCCCAGUGUCGUACAAGGAUUCACAAACCAUAAUCUCAAGUUUUCCCACAAUAACGCCGUUGCAUCUGAAUCCAGCUCUUCAGAAUUUCCUACUGCUGUGCUCUCAGCAAAACCCGUAGCAAAGAGAGCAGUUGCAGAAGUUGCUCAGUAUGACAAAGUACCUCGCCCAGUUGGCUUUGUGCCUCCUCCUCCUCCGUGCCCUGGGAGGAUUCGCUAUUUCAAGAUAUAA